ACGCAUGCGCAGGGAGGGCCCAGUUCUCCGCGCAUUGUCGCCCGGGUGCGGAGCUGUGCUGCUGACUGCCCUCGGCGUUCCGCUGCUGCACGCUAAGUAGGAUUUUCGGUUGUAGCCGUGCCCUGUCGGGAUGAGUUUUGUGCUGCCCAAAUUGACCUGUAAGAGGGAAGUGGAUCAGGCAAUAAAAAUCGUGGCUGAGAAGGUUUUGGUUCUCCGGUUUGGAAGAGAUAACGAUGCUGUCUGUCUGCAGCUCGAUGAUAUUCUUGCAAAGACAGCUCAUGACCUAAGUAAAAUGGCAGUGAUUUACCUGGUGGAUGUGAACAAGGUUCCAGUGUACACCCAGUAUUUUGACAUCAGUUAUAUUCCAUCUACUGUAUUUUUCUUCAAUGGACAACACAUGAAGGUUGAUUAUGGGUCUCCAGAUCAUACCAAAUUCGUAGGAAGCUUCAAAACAAAGCAAGACUUUAUAGAUCUGAUUGAAGUGAUUUACCGCGGUGCAAUGCGUGGAAAGCUCAUUGUGAGAAGUCCCAUUGAUCCUAAAAACAUUCCUAAAUAUGACCUUCUCUACCAAGGAAUUUAACAGGUUAAUCUGAGAUAAAGAAUUCUGGAAAUAGUGAAUGUGUUAGAACCCAUUUUUUCUUCAAGCCUGUUUAGCCACCUCUGGCACUGUGGGACAGUUCGAGUAUUUAUGUUAACGGAUCAUAUUGGUCUCGUUCGGAAGACAGACAUUCUGUCACCUCAUAAUUCUCUUGUGAAUAAAGCUGUGUGUUCAUGCUUACAACUCACACAAGUGACUAUUCUUUGAGUUGCAUGCUGGCUAGCACCUACAAAACAGGCAGAUUGUAUGCAUCCUCAGUGAUGGCAUCUGCAGUACAGCUUUAAGUGACCUAAGCCACCACAUAGUCUAUUAAUUAUCUAGUUAGUGCAUUUUCAAUCAGAUACAGUAACAGUAAACUUAUCUUUAUUGAAAAGCUAUGCUUGUUCUCAAGAACAUUCAGCUGACUGCCUUUUCAAUGGAAUUUUACACUUUUACCCAUUACUGGACAAUGGGACAGGAGCUUUUUCAAACAGGAUUAGAGGUGACUGAAAUCUGAAAUGGAUAUAAACACAAAAGAGAAAUUUACACACUCUUUUCUCCUAUACCAAGUCUUACUGUUCAACAUUUUGGAGUUUUUGGCUGAGAACUGAAGGUGUAGGAUAAGGUUUUUGUCAUCUAUCAGAGAUCUUUUUCAGCCACUGAGUACUUUCAGUUCCCAUAGGAUUAAACUGGAAAUUCAGAAUAACCAUUUUGUUUACAUUCACUUUAAAGAUUAUUUGACCUUCUGUUUGUAUAAAUUGCAAACCUGGAGUAUGGACACUUAGAAACUGUCUCUUAUUUCCCACCUCUGUAUAA